UGCGGGACUGUAAGAGGGGGAAGAGGAAGAGUGUGCGGUAAAGAUGGCGAUGGACAGUAUGUCCACGUCUCCAGCGGGGCUCUCCUACCACACCGCGUCCGACUUCUACCCGCGGAAACUGGGCCCGAAGCCGGACGUGGUUCCAUCCGGGGUGACGGAGCGGAAGGUCGGGGCGGUGGAUAAGCCUGACAUGGUCUCAGUGGAUGUGAUCAACUUCAAGGACUCGGACACACCAGUACACAGGAAGAAACAAGAAACGGACACGUACGUUCUGGGUACCAUUCACCCCUUCCGCAAGUCACACAGGUCUAUCUUGGGAAAGUUCUUUCAGGAGUUUAAGCUCGUCACUUCAGAUCAUCGGUCAUGGAAGAUCCUGCUGUUUGGGGCUCUGAACGUGAUUUGUACGGCCUGCCUGCUGAUGUGGUGCAACUCCACCAACAGUAUGGCUUUAACAGCCUACACAUACCUCACCAUCUUUGAUCUCUUCAGUUUGAUCACCUGCCUGCUGAGCUCCUGGGUGAGCAUGAAGAAACCAAGUCAAGCCUUUUCAUUUGGGUUUGAGCGGUUCGAGGUGCUGGCGGUGUUCGCCUCCACGGUGCUGAUUCAGCUGGGCGCUCUGUUCAUUCUGAAGGAGAGUGUGGAGCGCUUCAUGGAGCAACCGGAGGUGCACACGGGGCGCCUGUUAGUCGGGACCUUUGUGGCUCUGUUUUUUAACCUGUUGACUCUGCUCUCGGUGAAGAACAAGCCGUUCGUCUACGUAUCUGAAGCUGCCAGCACCAGUUGGCUCCAGGAGCAUGUAGCAGACCUGAGUCGAAGUCUGUGUGGGAUCAUCCCGGCGCUGAGCAGCUUCCUGUUGCCUCGGAUGAAUCCCUUUGUCCUGAUCAACCUGGCCGGAGCCUUCGCUCUCGGAAUCACUUACAUGCUCAUCGAGAUCAACAACUACAAUGCAGUGGACACGGCCUCUGCGGUGGCGAUCGCCCUCAUGACCUUCGGUACCAUGUACCCCAUGAGCGUCUACAGCGGCAAAGUUCUUCUCCAGACCACACCUUCCCAUGUCAUUGGUCAGCUGGACAAGCUCCUCCGAGAGGUCUCUACUCUGGAUGGAGUUCUGGAAGUGCGGAAUGAACACUUCUGGACUAUAGGCUUCGGCUCUUUGGCUGGCUCCGUCCACGUCCGCAUUCGCCGAGACGCCAACGAGCAGAUGGUCCUGGCCCACGUGACCAACCGUCUCCACACGCUGGUCUCCACGCUGACCGUCCAGAUCUUCAAAGACGACUGGACCCGGCCGUCGCUGGCGACUGGCGCUCUGCCAGCCGGCACUGUCGGCUUGUCGGAUUACGGGGUCUCGUCUGGCUUCCUCCCCCCGUCUUUGGCCAAACAAGCCGAAGAGCUGGACCCUCUUACGUCUACGCCGACCAAGCCGAGCAGCCCACCGCCGGAGUUCUCCUUCAACACCCCUGGUAGAAACAUCCAGCCUGUGGUGUUGCCAAGCGCCCAUCAGCACCAUCAUCAACAUCAGCACCACCAUCACCACCAGCAUCACUUGGGCGUUGGACCCUACGGUGCUUCGCCUUACGCCAGCAUGCUCAACCAGGGUGGCUUUGCUCAACCCGGCAUUGGUGGCGUAGUUGGUGGCAUUGGCAACAUUGGAAACAUCGGCAACAUUGCCGGUGGGGUUGGGGUUGGUAUGGGCAUGGGUAUGGGCAUGGGCUUAGGCAUGGGAGCAAGACUGCCCUCAGUUCAGGGCUACAGGACUUCGUUCAGUGCCGCUCCACACAGAUACGCAAGCAAUCUGAUGCCUUCACAGAUGAACCAGUACAGACCUUGAUACACGACCUUUGAGACCUUUCUGACCUAUAGGAUUGCUAGGCGUUGAAUGAAUGCUAGACUAGCAUUAAACUAGCAAAGUUGACCUACAAGAAGAAGACACAAGAAGAUGAGGACUAUAACUGUAUGACUGUAAUGGACAUAUAUAUAUAUAUAUAUAUGAAUAUAUUUAUUAAAUAGGAGGACCAAGGCUUUAAGGCUUCAAGAUUCAAGGUUUUCUAAUUGUAUUCUCUCUCUUUUUUUUGUACUGUUAUAACAGAUCAGUUGCAGCCAGUUGCAAAGAAAUGUGGGAUUGUAAUGCUAUUCUGAAAGAAGAAUAAAUAUACAGGGGUUGGACAAUGAAACUGAAACAGCUGGUUUUGAGCACAAUUAAUAUAAUUGUGGUGACGGACAUCUGAUACAUAGACACCGCAUAGCCUGCCUUCUUGUGUGUCAGCAUGGCGGCCAUAUUGGUGGAGGCAACCCUGCGCCCCCAGUGCAUGAAUUUACACUGAGAAAGGUGUUUAAUACACCUAUAAUAAUCACAACUCUACCAAUUUAUACCCAAAUUUUUACACAGCUUGGUUUGUUACAAACAGCAGAGAUGUAGUAAUGAUUCAGGAUGCUGUCACACAUUACAAAUACGUGCUUUCAUGCUGAAAUACUUUGUUUUUUGCUCUUUAACAAAGACAAACAUAUGGAAUGUCAUAUUAUUAAGUUAUAAAUUAAUUAAUUUUAUAUUUAUAUGUACAGACGUACACAUGUAUACAUAAAUACACAAAUUAAAAUAUAAAAAUAUUCUCAUUUAGUGCAUUUAUUUGCAGAAAAUUAGAAAUGGCUGAAAUAACAAAAAAUAUGCAGAGCUUUCAGACCUCAAAUAAUGCAAAGAAUUAUAGACUAUAUUCCAGAGGUUUUAAUUUGUUCAAAAUCAAAGAAACUCCUAAUUUUUGCGUAUAGUAUGUGUAUUUACAGUACGUACAUAUAAAUAUAAAAUUAAUUAAUUUAUACACCUAUUAAAAUGCCAUACCAUAUGUUUGCCUUUUUAAAGAGCAUAAUAUAAAGUAUUUCAGCAUAAAAGCAGUUUGUAACAAACCAAACCGUGUGAACAUUGAGUAAAAACUGGUAGAGUUGUGAUUAUUAUAGGUGUAUUAAACACCUUCCUCAGUGUAAAUUAAUGCACUGGGGGCACGUGGGAGACCCAUCCAAUAUGGCCGCCACACUGACACGCCAGCUCCAAUAGACGAUGCAUUGCGAUCCAACAUUUCCUUCUGGUUGCAUCUAUUUUUUGAUGAUGUGUGUAUAUUAGGACACUACCCGAGAGGAAAUGAUGUUUUCUGCUGUUUUUAUGAGAUAUGAGAUGGUUGUAAACAGGCCUGUGAUCUUUUGUAUUGUAACUUCGAAACUCUUUCCGAAAGUUCUGAAUCAACUUUGCGCCAGAAUAACUUGGAUUUAGUAUAAUCUACCGUAUUUUUCGCACUAUAAAUUGCACCGGAUUUUGAGGAAGGCGGAUUUUGACACUAUAAGGAACUAAUUCUAAUUCAGCUGGUCUCGUCACUGCGAGGUUGGGUGGGGGUGGGGGUUUGGCUAGCUAAGUUAAGUAAAGCUAAGCUAAGUAAACAAAACUGUAAUAAAAAAAGAAAGACAAACGAGUGCUGGAUGUUAAUCUACCCAGAUUUCUCUCCUAAAAACUUUAUUUGGGUUUAUUUAGGUGAGUAAAACACUUCCGUUUAUUUACAGUAAGCUUAGAUUUCCAAAUUUCUCCAGCACUAAGGCUGGAGCAUAAGCAUUAGUGGCUAACCUGAGUGCUCCAGUAAACAUGCAGACUACAGUCCAAUAUACUCACCUCUGAACGGCUAAAGAGCUAGUGCUUAGCACGGUUAGUGGCUAAUGCUAAUGCUACUCAAGUCUCAGUGCUAGUGGCUUUACUGCUCCUUAAUACCUGACUGGUAUAAUUCAUACAUAUGGAGCACCGGAUUAUAAGGAACUCUGAUGAUUUUUGGGAAAAUUAAAGGAUUUUUAGUUCAACUUAUAGUGCGAAAAAUACAGUAGUUGAAUAGGGGUAAGUUGUUUAAAUCUCACUGUACCAGAUUCCACGUGACAAGAUAUUUUAUUUGGACAUAUUCUUUGGUAACAAUUCCAUCGUUAAGUAAUUGGUACGCUAAGUUGUGAACUGAAAGCAUUGAAUACUGUCAAUAAUUCUCCUGCAUUAAAAUAAUGAUGGGUAUUUGAAA